AUGGCAACCACAACAGUCACAACCACUGAGACGGAAAGGGCAUUCAUCCCAAUCAAAGCUGAGAGUCUUCCACCCGUCCUCACCUUUGAGGCUGAUGCGGAUCCAGCAGAUGUCAUCAAAGCCCUGAAAAUCAGUGGCGGAUGCAGGGUCAAAGCAGCUGUUGAUAAGGACAUCCUUUGCCAGGUGGAAAGAGAGCUGCGUCCACACAUCGAAGCGGAUGUUGUGUGGGAGGGAGACUUCUUUCCAAUUCAAACCCGGAGGGUUGAAGGCAUGAUUGGCAAGAGUCCAAUCUGUGCUGAGCAUAUCAUCAACCAUCCGCUCUAUCAGGCUGUGUGCAAGGAGUUCCUGACGACCAAGAACUGGUAUUGGAGUGGACAGAAGAAAAUCUUCGCAACGUCGGAUCCCCAACUCAACAAUUCGAUAUGCUUCUCCAUCGGACCAGGAGCAUGGGAUCAGCCUCUGCAUAGGGAUAGUUGGUGUCACCAGACUAAUGAGCAAGAAGUCGCCGUUUAUCCUGACAAUUAUGACCGAGAUGUUGGCAUCGGCUGGUUCAUUGCUGGCAAACCGGCAACUCGGGAAAACGGUGCGACGAGGUUUAUUCCGGGCAGUCAUCUCUGGUCCAAGGACCGACCUCCUCAGGAGGAACUUGCUGUACAUGCAGAGUUAGAACCAGGUGAUGCCUUUAUGAUGUUGAGCUCAUGUUAUCAUGGUGGAUCUGCCAACAAGACAACAGACCAGGAACGCUUGCUCUUCAGUUGCUUCAUGACCAAGGGCUGGUUGCGCCAGGAGGAAAACCAAUACCUGGCAAUUCCAAGGGACGUGGUGCUUAAAAUGCCUGUUCAUAUUCAACAGCUCAUGGGUUACAAGCUAAGCCAGCCGUUCUGUGGGUGGGUGGAAAGUGAUGACCCACGUGUUGUUCUAGACCCGUCAUUGAAGGAUGAUCCGUCCGGACAUUAUGACGAGGAUGAAGACAAGCACUAA